UUCAGAGGUACAAGGUUUAUUGGCAUUGAUGAGGAAAAUGGAUUUGAUAAUAAGAAACCAGGAAAUCAUCAAAGCUACGCAGCGGGAACAUGGGCAACUGCUCGAUAUUGUACUUAAAAAUUCUUCACCUCCCGAGCCUGAAAUAAAAGACGCGCUGCGCCAGUUCGGGUUCAAAUUAAAAACAUUCUCUGACAUGACAAAGCUAGAAAGCAUUUUAGAAAAUGAUGUGGAACGUAGGACACUUAUAUCGUAUUUCAGCGGAAUUGGAGGAAGCCAAUCGAAUGUCGUUGGCAGAAUCCUCAGUCGUGCGAUGACAAACGAGCUGGCUAGCCAAUACUGCUACAAAGGACAAAACGAAGAAAAGCGUGCAUUCCAAAAUUUGGCCCUAUGUUCCGCUGUUAUCGAAUCCGUUCGCUGCCAAAAAAAAUUAUCCCUAACGGAAGACGCAAUUGAAUCUAAAAUUAAAAACUGGUUGCGACAUGCGCGGGCUAGAAAAGAUGGCAGCAGCAAUGAAGAUGAAUAAUUUUAUUACAUGUUUUUUGUGAUAAAAAAUGUGUCAUACACAAGACAAUAAAAUACGAAACAAUAAUCUAACUUUCCCAAUUAUUUUGCUGCAAUAAUAAUUAUGCUAAUAUUUAAGAUAAAAGGGAAAUAUUACAUAGUGAAAAGACGUCUUUUUAACAGCUUUACCACGUCCUUUUCAUAGCUUUUUAACAGCUUAUUAGCUGUUAAAUUUUACUUUUUAACAGCUUAUUAGCUGUUAAAUUUUACUUUUUAACAGCUUAUUAGCUGUUAAAAAGACGUCUUUUUACCAGCUUUACAACGUCUUCUCACAGUUUUUUAACAGCUUAUAAGCUGUUAAAAAGACGUCUUUUUAACAGCUUUACAACGUCGUUUUCACAGCUUUUUAACAGCUUAUAAGCAGUUAAAAAGACGUCCUAUUUAUAGCAAAAAUUCGUCCAUGCCAGACCAGCAGAAUCCGUUUUUAAGAGCAGUUUUUGCCGGUCAUCAGCACCUGAGAAAUACGUCUAAAAGUCAUAG